CGUCAUAGAAAUGUGAGCUCACGUUUGAAAGUUCACCGGUAAAAAUGAAGAUGAGGAAUCCCAAAUUUAAAACGGAUGUGAUGCAACUCUAAUGCCAUGAAAUCCUCCCAAAGAACAGAGUUGGCGGACCACAAGAAGGUAGUGGAGCACAGCUACAAGAGGGCUUUCUGCAUUUUCUGCAACCAAGAUGCUGAAGGGGGCCCAGAAUGUGGCAAGCUGUUGACAGACAAGGACAGGCAGGUCUACGUGCACAAGUACUGUCUGUUGUUUGCCAGCGGUCUGUCUCAGUCAGGGGCUGAUGACGAAGGGAUUGAUGGCUUUCUUGUGCCUGACAUUCUUCGAGAGCUCAAUAGAGGCCGCCGGCUGAGAUGUUUCUAUUGUUCCAAGAAGACGGCCACCAUUGGUUGCUCCCUCUCGAUAUGCAAGCGAGGCUUUCAUUUCAAUUGCGGGUUCAAGAAUGAGGCCAUGUUUUGCUUCUUUGAUUCUUUCCUGGUGUUUUGCAAGGAUCAUCGCCCCCAGCAGGAUGUUAAGACCUCCAAGUCCGAUCCAGCCACCGUCACCUGCCCCAUCUGCUUUGAGGACCUCGAGGCCAGGGUCUCCAACCACGUGCUGAAGACUCCCUGCUGCACCAACACCUGGUUCCACCGCACCUGCGUCCAGCAACAAGCCCUGAGUGCUGGCUAUUUCUUCCGCUGUGCCAUCUGCAACAACCAGGAGAAGUUUCAGCUGGAGAUGAAGAAUUUUGGGAUCUACAUCCCUGAGCAUGAUGCAUCCUGGGAGAUGGAGGACAAUGCUUUUCAGGAGUUGUACUGGCGUCACGACAGAUGUGACAUGGACCCCUGCAAGUGCCCACAAGGACGGCAGUUCAAUAAAACUUCAAGUAAGUGGGAGCUCGUGUUGUGCGAUAUCUGCGGGUCAUCUGGAUGCCAUCUGGCUUGUGGAGGACUGAAACAUAUCAAUCAGGACUGGGCGUGUGCCAUGUGCAAUGCCAUGAUGAGUAAUGCCACUGAAGUCAGCUGUCCCUCAGCAGCCUCCCCUCAGAAGUUGCCCAGCUCGCCGGCAGAUUCCCCUACCAAGACUGGGCAGACCACCCGGACGGCCAUGAAGCUGAUGGGCAAGCAUCCCCGCACACCCCUCUCCUCCCAGACCUUCCGCAAGAAGGUCACCCACUCGCUGUUCUGCUCCCUGAAGCUCCCGCACUCCCCCGAGGAGAACACCGGUCGGGAUUUCUGCUGCUCGGUCCAGGGCUCCCCUGAGCUGGCCGGCUGGUGUGACUGCUGCCAGCCGUCGACAUCCAAGCAAGGUGUGGAGGAGGGGGAGGAGAAACACAAGAAGGGGAAGAAGAGGAAGAAGUCAUCGUGCGGCAGCAAAGAGAACAAGCGAUACCACUCUCUACACUCUCCCCAAAAUCUGGGCUUCAAGAAGCACCACACUUGGAAAACACAAUCUUCCGACCUCCUGAGUCACAAGAUGAGCCCAUCGGCAGGACUGAAAUAUGGACCACGGACCACUCUACGCAUGAGCAUGCGCCCCAGAAAUAUUACCCUCUUACGAUGUUCAACCCUGAAUACACCAGGAGAGACAACAACAGGCCAAGCCAUUAAACAAACCCCUGGAAAUGCUUCUGAUGAAAUCUGCAAAACCAGCAAAACCAGAUCAUUGCCAACACCCAGCCCAGCAGUCACAUACCAGAUGGAAAAUGACUUUUCAAAAGUCUCAGCUGAGCAAGAUAUUCGCAAGGAGAAGGUGUCAGAGAUGGAUGUAGCUAAAGAUUUUAGUAUGUUGCAUCACUGUUAUGAAGAGUCCAUGUCCUUUUCCCCGGGGCCCAUUGCUGAGAAUGGAUCUUUAAAUAAAAACCCAACUAACAACCACACACCAAGUCAUUGUGACACAUCACAAGAUGCAAACGGGUCUGUAACACUAACCAACUCUCCCACACUAGCAUUCACUCCAAGUUCUGAUGUUGUCGGUCAAGAAAACCGGGACCCAUUCAGUUUAAGGAAAAAAUCACCAAAUGCCUCAGCUACAUGUACACAUCCCGUAGAUGAAGAGCCGCUGUCGUGUUUGGCAGCAAGGCUGGCCAGUCAAGCUGUUAAGGAGGCACUUCCUGAAGUGCCUCGGAGCGAAUCUGGAGAAGGCAAUACAGCCAUACUCAUGAGCAUGCUCCAAGAAUGCGUCAAGAUUUGUGAGGGAGGCAGUGAUGGAGAACCAUCAACCGGCCUUCCAGGUACGUGCACACCACCACCAUCUACGCUGGAUUGUCAAAGGCCAGAAUUGGCUGAGGAGACUGCAGUGUCUGACACCACAAGACUUGCCAUGAGCGAAGCCCUUGCCGAGUGUCACUUUCCAGAGUCUCCUGGAAACCUUGAGAGCUCAGCCAGUGUUAUCUGUCUUUCCAGCGAUAUGGAUUGUGAAUGUGCAUUUCCAGCCAAGACCGAAAAUGCUGCCGGAACUGAUGAAAAAUACCAUCUAGAGACGGACGGCCCAAGUGAGGUUCUCGUUUCAACUGAUGACAAGACAACCUGCCCAUCACCUGGUUCUCCUGAGUGCUCUGCUAAUUCACCUCAAAUGUUUGACCCCAGUGGGCCAACCUCGCUCCCUGAUCCACCAAGACUUUGUCCAAGCACAGCUGAGAAUACAGAAGAGUUACUAAUUGAAGGUGCCAUCUCGGAGGAUACGUGUAUGCUCCCCCCGCCAGCAAGCAUAUUACUUCAUUACAAGGAGGACAAUAGUACCCAGUGUAUUGUGGACUUGGUAGAAGACGAAUCCAUCAGCACCAUGUCUCAGGCAUCUGGGGAAUUGAGCGAAGCCUGUGUACAUGAAAGCAGUCCUCAUCUGUCUCCAUGCGGCUCAAAGAGUGAGGACAUCAGAGAGCUAGAACUACAUCCUGAACCCUUGCUCCAACACAAGGAGGUUUCAAUCUCUCAAUAUUUGCAGUCCAUGCAGAGGGCAUCCACACCAACACAGAAGCAGGACUCAGUUGAGUUAAGUGGUGAAGCCUGCUCAGACAGUGCUCAGGAAUCCAACUGUAAACCCUUUGAAUCCUCACCUUCAGCUUUUGACCAGGUAGUGAAUGGAAAUGCCACUAGCCAAGAAACAGGUGGUGCUGUGUGUCCGGCUGAUCAACCAUUAGGGGGGCAGGUGGCAGAAAACUUGCCAACAAUCAAGAAAAGGAGGAAGUGUUCCAAGGACUCCUUAACUUACCCAGUCAUUGGAACUGGUAGAUUUUUGACAUUAUACAAAAAACCAAAACGCAAAGGAAAUGUUCCGACUUUCAAAAAGGCUGUUAGUUCAAAGGUUGCCCAGAAGCGUCAUAAAAAGUCAGCAGUCACCAAUCUUGCCACUAAGAAUGCAGACAGUGAGCGUGAAGUGACGCUUCCAUCUGGAAUGCGUUUGAGGAGAAGAGGUAAAUUUACUUCAAAAUGUACAAGACUAGGACCAGCUUUAGAAACAGGAGCUAUCCCCAGCCAGGAGAUAGAAAGUGUUGCUGGGGAGCCUGCAACAUCGGAGGGCUCUUCACGUGGGAAUCUCAGCGAUAGGGACGUUAUUGUAAAUAGCACUGGAUGUGAAAAUGGAUCAUUUUUUCUGCAGUCAGAGGCUGUUGCAGUGGCAGGAAACCAGACCGAGACCAAAAGGUACAGGAAUCUGCUCGGCAGUGAGACCUGCUCAGCCCAAGAUACAUGUAGGAAUUCCAAAGUUAAAGAAGCGAGGCAUUCAACAGGGAAGCUGUUAAGGAGGAAGUACCUCAGGGAUCAGAUAAAAAAUGCGCAGGUUUCUGAGUUAGGCAAGGGAGAAGCACAAUUAGAAAUGGAAAGACUUGGAUCUUCAGUGGCCAAUGAGCCAGACAAGGGGGUUGCGCCGGAGAGGGAUCCCAUCCUCAAAGGAGCCACAGAAGCGAAUGUCACACGCGAUGAGACAAUAUCCAAACCCCCAGCCGAGGAAACAGGUGGAGACUUGGCGACAGAAGAACCCUCAAGCGCAAGGGUGACUUCAUCAACUGAGCCAUCUCCAGACAGUGGCAUCUCGCAGGACUCUAGCUUGAAACAGGAAGAGCCACCUCCUGAAGAAGCAGUCACGAUGCUGAUGAAUACCAAUGAGCUGGCCUUUGUUAAUUUGACAGAGGAAAAGCAACACUGUGACACAGUAGAUAAAGACACUCAGCCAUGUCCUUUGGCACAGUCACAGGAGAACUCACCAUCUAAUACACAUGCAAUUGACAUAGAUAUGAGCAAUCAUAUCUUGUCCGAGGAGAGCGAAGAUGAUUCCUCGAUGGAAGUUGAUGCCAGUGAUGAUGUACUUUUCAUAUCUACCUCUUUUAGUCUGAGCGAGACUAACAGUGGCCCCAGUAGCCCUAUGAACGAGUGUCCAGGAACCAGGAGUGUGAGCCCCAUGACCUCUGUGAGCAGCAGUUCACAGAGCUCUAGCGAGCAAGACACGGUGAAUCCUGAGAGUGGUUGCCCUGACACCAGUGCCACUAGUCAGAGUCCACAGAGCGGUGUCAGCGACGGUCCAUCUUCACAUCCAAACCCUGAAGUGGACUUGAACCACAAUCCACCACAGCAAACAAGCAUUUUUAACCCAAUGCCCGGAACGCCACCUGUCAAGCCAGCCCCCGUCAAACCAUUGUUGACGUUUAGUGGCAGAGGUAGGACAAACAGCCCAGAGCUUUGCGACACGUCAGGACCCAGGUCCUGCCCUGGAAAGUAUCAGUCCAAAGGAGAUACAGAGAACUUCGACGAGGCUCUGAGGUCAUUGAGAACAAGUUACAGUCUCAAAAUCCCCUCCAAAGUUUGUGCCAACCUGUUCAAACUCCGGAAGGAGCUUAGCAGACCUUUGAAGAGGCCAAGAACUGAUAUUCCCACGAGACCGGUUUCGCCUCUUGUAUCAGAGAACGAUUUUCCACUCGCAACACAGAACACAACGAGGAUUUACGCAUCAAACUCUCCCAAACCUGAGCCCUCGAGCACAGUUGACAUCGACUCACCAAAAGCAGAUAAAGAUUGCAUCUCAGGGAGUGCUGUUGAUGAACAGUGUUGUGAAGAAUCUCCAAAGAUGUCUGACUUGCAGGGGUCACUCACACCAACAAGAGACUUACCUCAACGCCCAUGGUUACUCCGGUCACAGACUAAAAGACCCCCAAACAGUCCAUCUCUGGAAUCCCUUCCUUCCAUACCUUCUCCAAGUAGUGGCAACUCUAGCACAACUGAUCUUGGAACUCUGACUGGUGGAAUGCAUAGUUCAACUCCACAGACCCGGAAUAAUGGAUCUGCUGGUGCCAGAUACAAAACAAGGAUUUACAUGCCAAAUUCACCCAAAGUCACACCAUUUAGACAGUCACCUAGAGGAAAACCUCCAAUAACACCAACAGAAUUGGGGGCAGCGGGAAAUUAUGACAUGCAGCCAACAAACUCAGAUGAUGGGUCCCGGUCAGGCCUUGACUCAAGCUCUUCUUGAGAUGCUGACGCGUUCUUGCUUUGAAAAGCAAACCAAACCAUCCUCUGCUGAAUCUGCAUCACCAUUAUGUUCACUGUUGUCCUCGUUACCGUCAAGCCCCAGUCCAAAACUGCCCAGAAUCUACCGUUCCCUGCAGCCGAAGUCAACAUCAGUCAGCAAACACUGUUCUCCCAUAAGUGAUGCCUCACCAUCCCCAGUCUUCCGCAAAGAAGUCACAAAAUCCCUCAACACGAAGCCCCAGAGGAACACCCCAAGGCAUCUGCAGUCACCGACAGAAAAGAGAAGCUUAAACUCGAGGAGGGGACCCAAAUGCUCCUCAGACCCUGCCUUGUUGCCUAGGAAGGGUGACCUGGCCAGCAAGAAGACAAGAGGCCGAGUCCAGCUCUUCACCAACUGACGUCAACUUUGCAGAAAAAUAACUUGUGAGUUAAUUACCUCUGACGAUAAAAAUUAUGGACUUGAUGGUGGAUCUGGUGUUGUGGACUGUGUGGCAUGAUGCCGUGCAAAGAAUAGAUCCUCAGAGUGCUGAGCAAAUCGCUGCCGCUGUGUCCACCUGCAGUUGCGUACUUCAUUGAAAGUUUGUGUACACCAUAUUCCCCACCGAGGCAGGCAUUCCUUGAGGAAAAAAAAUUAGGCAAUUUUCAAAUUGAGGUAUUUAUCAAGUUUGCAUAUAUUUUUUCAGAAUUCAAACUUUUUUCCGCAUUGAUUUCAUGUUAUCGAAAAAUGGGUUAACAUAUAAGAGGAACUACUUUUUGACUUUCUGACUGUCCCUAACCAGACAACAAAACAGUGUUUCUGGACACUGAAUACAUGUACAGUACAUGUGUAUUAAUAGUUAUUUACAUGUAGUAGUAGUUGUGGUAAAGGUUGACACUUUUCCCAUGGGCUAUAGUGUGUGGUACUGUACAUGCUGUUCUUUUGUUUUUUUGACGAUAUACAAUGUAUUUCAUGUUUAUGAAUGUAUUCUCACUCACUGGGAUAUCUUGGGCAAAGAGGUGGAAGGAGACAUGUGUAAAUCUACAGUGCUGGGUUCUAAAAAUGCAACCUACAGUGUUAGCGAUGAAAGUAUGUAGGAAGAGAAGCGAAUUUCUCUGUGGGGAGGGGGACCUGCAGGGGCUAACUUUAACAAUCAUGAAGGAACUUCUUAUGGGAAUUCACACUUUCAUUCCAGGCCCAUGCAAUGUUUUAAAUGGCAGUACUUGCGAAUUGACCUUUUUAUCCCAUGUCACCUUUAAUCCAGUUUAUGCUUUGUUGGCUUCCGGGGCAUUUGGGGCGCCUUGUAUAUUUUUAUGAAAUCCUAAUUUGUGUUGUCGUUGAGACAGAAGCCACAGAGCUAUUUAAGCAGAUAAGAUUGCCAGAUUUUGGGUUUCAGACUUGGGUGAUUUGCUGUUUUAGCACAACAGUAGGCCAAUGUGCAAAGUUUUUCAAUAAUCGUCUUCAAUGAGUGAAUUUUAGGCUCACAAUAUAAAAAGGACCCCCCUCCACAAAAUGUCCUGGAACAACAUCGCAACAGCACCCUCAUCCAGCAGAAAAAGAAAGCAUGGACAUGUUCAAUUUCUGAAAAAGUACACUUUCAAUAAAGUCUGUUUCGAAGAACUGAAAAUUAAUGCCGUAGACCCUUCAACAAUUAGCCUGAAUAUGCUUGUCCAUUGGAGAGUCAAUAUCAUUUUACUUGGAAUUUAUUUGUAAUCUUCAUUUGUACUAAAUAAUUGAGUAUUGUAUUAAUAUUCUUCAGAAUCCAGUCAACUCUCAAUUUAGAGAGUACUCGGAACAAAAUACUGUUCUGAAGAAGAAAUACUGCAGUCACAAGUCUCUUGACUUCUUUCAAGUAGCUUUAUAUUUCUGUUCUAUUUAUAACAAGGUUCUGGUUGGAACAAGCUGAUUUGACUUGUCCUAGCAACCAUGCUACAGUAUGAUAAGGCAGUGAUGGGAAUCUUUCAAUUUACUUUUCUAUUUUGUCAAUUGAUUUUCUAUCAAUUUAGAUUGGACUUUUUAUGCUUCCUAAGAGGAUCAGAAAUUCCAUGAAUUUACAAUUAUUGAAUUUUUUAAAAUAAAUUCAUUUAUAGUACAUUAUCUUAAUGUUCCUUUUCAAAAGGAGUUGUGGUGAACGUACGUAUUUCAAACUCUCCCUAACUCUUUCCACUUAUUAUUAAACCCUAUACUGUACCUGCACCCCUACAUUUUUCUUGUCUUUUUUACAUUUUAGACAAUUUCCUGAAUAAAGUAAUACUGCAUGGAAAUACAAUUCGUCCACUGCUGCAUUCUGUGCUUUGGUUCAAUGCUCGGCUUCAUUCUUCAUGUUGAAACACACACACUUGACACGAUUUACAAGUACAUGAUCUAAGCUAGCAAACCAAGUGGAAGUUGGCAGAGCUACUUUUGGGCUAUGCAUGUACAGUAGGCCUCUAAAUGUGUGAAUCAAUGGAACCCUUAACGGUGUUUUAACCAUCUUCAUUAGGAUACUGAAAUUGGUAAUACUUGAACAUAAAAUUAUGGAGCUCAGUUUGCUCUUUAAAAUGCAAACUCAAGGGUGCAUUCGAGUGAGCUACUCGCGUUGACACGAGUAUACUCCUGGGCGCCCGAACAGCUGGAGUACGACUCAAGGGUAAGUGAGAGUAUACUCCUGUACCCGAGUGUAAUUCACACGCAUCCUACUCGGGUGAACAGGAGUAAACGUGCGAACGCACCCCAAAUUACUGACGAUUACUGUCCGUAAGAGUCACUGCAGGGGAUCUGACCAUACGUACAUGUACAGUAUGAAUGAUUUUACAUAAGCGUACAUUUACCUCUAAGGUUAAUGUAAUCACACACAAAAAUUCAACUAAUACCAAACUGCUUUUAUUUGUACAUGUAUGUAGUUCGUAGAUUUUAUAAAACUCACUUUUUUUACACAUUUGGUAUGUUAAGAAUGUUCCACACUUCUUGAAAUGACUUCUAAACUUCCAACAGUGUGUGUGUAAAUAUUGGUAUUAAUGGUAAAGAACAUUCGGUGAAACGGAAUGGCAGCACAUGGACAUGUGUUACGUCCGUAUUCCAAAUUUUCUCAUGAACUAUAACAUGUGACAUCUGAAUGCUGUGAAAUAUAAAAACAAGGAUAUUCUAACCAACAUUAUCAAUAAUUUACGAAUGACCUCCUGAUCAGCCCCAAACAUCACAAAUACAUGUA